GUCAUCUUCCCACUGAGGUUGGAAAACACCGUGCACCAUCAGGACCUCGUUGUCGCAGCUCUCUCCCAUCUUUCCAGUCCAUAAAAAAGUCCAGCACACGUCGUCCACGCCGCCUACCCGAUCUCUAUCCCAACUUCCCGCCCAAAAAACAACCUAACCACAACCCAACCCAAAAAUGGCAGACUACAACGACUUCGAAAGUUUCCGCAACAAUGACCCGCGAAGAAAUCGGCGAGUGGUUCCAACGCCGCUUCAACCGCCCCAUGGAAGCAUACGACGUGUACAAGGUUGCGAAGGAGUUUUACCAGCUGGGCGCGUAUUCGAGGGCGUUGGUUUGUUUGCAGAUUUAUAUUACACUCCCUGGCGCAACCACACCAGGCCGACAUCUCCUUGCAUACUGUCUCCUCCAUCUUGGCGAGACGGAGCGAUCGUUACGGGAGUUCAAGAAAUGCGUUAAAGAGGGUUAUCAUGACGAUUGGCAGCUCGUUGUAGAACUCACCAUUGAACUCGAGCUUGCGCGCCGUGCUGCUGCGACACGGGAGCGGGAAGCUGGGUUGGGUGGUGGAUUAGGAGGACCGGCUACAACUCACUUUAGUGGCGGGGCACAGGCGUUUGGGAUAUAUGGGGCGUAGGAAUUUGAUGCCCGAUGGACAAGUGCUGAUGUACACAGUGUACAUAGAUCAAAGUGUGACUGAUGUGUGAAAUUUUUUGUUCUCAUGGACGUCGAAUACAAACCAUCGAUACCAAAUGCCCAAAUCACGUAAUGCAGUUUGCGACAGACGGAUGAGGUGCAAGCAUCAGUCAGAUAUGUAGUGGGGUGAAUAUAGGAACAGGGGGUGUGAAUACAAGGGGGUGGGCA